AUGUACUCGACGUCGUUCGAUCCCUGUACUCCCCCUCCGCCCCCCUCUCCUUUCCUCAUGGAUCCGCGGAACGAUCCUCGUGUGGCAAGCAAUGGCGAUUUGGAUUCCUCAUGGAUUCUUCUGCGGAUGCGCGCCUACUCUCACUCACCUCCUCACGCGCUAUCCAGCUCCCUCUUCCCUCCCCCACCCCCUUCUCCCUCCGCUAGAACACCUGAUUCCCCCAUUCACUCCCGCUCCCCCCUUCUCCCCCUCUUCCCCCCUCCCCCUGCUCCUUCCUCCGCGUCGUCCCCCCAGCCGCGGCGCCAUCCGCGCGGUACUCGCCAUCGGGAAUUGCCUGAGCUGAGCAAAGCGCGCCUCCACCUGGCUCCCCCUGUUCCCCUUUCCCGCUCUCCUCCGUCAGCCGCGGCGCCAUCCGCGCGGUACCUGGCCGUGAGUCGCAGGCCGCCAUCCGCGGCGCCAUGCGCGCGGUACCUGGCCGUGGGGAAUCUCUGGGAGCAGCUGAGCAAGGCGCGCCUCCACCUGGCGGAAGCCAUGGCUCUCGCGCGCCACUGGGGGCGCACGCUCGUGCUGCCACGUGUGCACAGCAACCGCAUCGGCGGCAACAACCCGCCACGUGGCAUGCUCCCCGCGUGCGCGUAUUUUGACACGGUGCUGAUGGGGCGGUUCGUGCCGUGGGUGCGUGAGGAGUAUCUCUGGCGGACAGUAGUGCCCGCUUGGGAGGGGCAAGGGGGAGCGGGCGCGGAGGAGGCGGAGGGGGACGCGGGGAAACGGGGAGGAGGAGGAGAAGGAGGCGGAGGGGGAGAAGGGAGAGGAGGGCGCGGAGGCGAGUUGAGGGGACACAUCCCAUUGCACCAGAUGCAACACAUCCCGCAACGCCCCCAAACCCCUCUCCCUCUGCUACCCCUCUCCCGCACUUCUCCCCCCCCUCUUACCGCCUCGGUGCCAAAAACGAAGCUUCCAUUUCCCUCCUCCCCGCACCUACCCUCCUCCUGGAACUCAUCUCUCUACGCCCUGGCCUUCUCGCCCUCCUCGCCCCUCUACUGCACCACGAGCUGUGACGACCGCGCGUGGCUGCGCUGGGUGCCCCCGCGAGCAGACCACCUGCGCUUGCCCGAGGAGCUGGCCGCGGAGCAAGCGAAGCAGCACCUAGCAUACGCCCCCCACCUGCACCGACUAGCCUCCUCCUUCGCAGCCCAGCACCUGGGCGGAAGGCGGUACGUGGCAGCGCACUGGCGGAUGGAGAAGGCGAUGAUGAGCCACCGGUCGCCCGUGCAGAUGCACCUCAGCUGUCCCCCUCGUUCCCUCUUCCGUCCCUCGCCCACUCUCCUCUCUGUCGACCGUGCCCCGGUCCCACCCGUGCCAACCUAUCACCCCUCCCAUCCCUCUCAGGAGCUCUAUGCCCUGCUCAAGCCCACUCGGCUCGAGUCAUUUCUCCCCGGUUUAAGAGAGGCGGAUCUUGGGGUGCAGCCAAUUGUUCCUCCCUCCCCCUCCCGUGCCUGUUCCCCACUCCCACGCACAUGCGCCCCUCGCCGUCUUCCCACCCCCGUGGCUAAUCUCAAUCCCCGCCCUCCAUUUUCAGGACCUUGCCAUAUUGGACAAGCUGCUGUGCAUAAAGGCGACAGUGUUCCUGCCAUAUUGGACAAGCUGCUGUGCAUGAAGGCAGCAGUGUUCCUGUACCUGCCACUCAACUGCAGAAACUCAUAUUCCCAUGUAUGCCCCUUCUUCCUUCCUCUUCCCUCCCGCCCCCUCACACCCCACCAGGCCAUAUUGGGCAAGCUGCUGUGCAUAAAGGCGACAGUGUUCCUGUACCCGCCAGUCAGCUGCAGGAACUAUGCGCCCACAGGGAGUGGCUCCGCAGUUGCAGAUGAGAUCUGCUGGUGGCGCGAGCGCCUAGCGCAGCAGCGGAAUGUGAGCAGGGGAGGGGAAGGUCGGACUGGUACUGUUGCUGGAAAUUCGAUAUUAUUCUCCAUUCUCCUUUUCCGGACUCUCGCCAUGGCGGAGAAAGCGUCAGACAUCCCAGCAGAGAGCGCAGCGGCGGGGAACAGUGGGCAGAAACGGAAGGCGGAGAUUGGGGCGGGCGGAAGCGAUCGGAUCGACGGGGGAGGCGCGCAGGAGGCGAAGAGGCGAGACAAGGGGAAGGCAGUGGCGGCGGCGGACGCCAAGGGGAAGGGCAAGGCGGAGAGCGAGCGGCCCUCGCGCGCGCGCGGUAGCGAUUCUAGCGGCGGCGGCGGCGGCGGAAGCAGCAGCGAUGAUGGGAGCGACGGCGCCGCCGUGGCUGCUGUGAGGGCUUCGCGGGAUUGGCGCGCGGGGGAGGGGGAGGGGUCGCAAGGCGCGCGCGAGGGUGCGGAGGCGGAAGCGGAAGGUGAUGCGGGGGAAGGCGCGGACGUGCGGAUAGUGGCGGAGCCGUGGGGGACAGUGGACCUGGAUAAUAUCGUGGCGAGCAGGACUCGCAGUGGCAGGGAGUCUAGGCGCACUGGCGUGAGGAUAGCGGAGGGCGGCGAUGGUGGCGGCGGUGGUGGUGAUGCUGCUGCGGCGGCCGCUGCGUUGGUGGGCAGUGCAGGCGGUGGGAGUCAAGCGGGAAAGGAAACGGAGGGGGCAGAUGCAGAGGAAGAGGAUGAGGAUGAAGAGGAUGAGGAGUUUGAGGUAGAGGAGGAGGAGGAGGAGGACGAUGAGGAUGAUGACGAAGAUGAAUCAGACGAGGAAGAUGAGGAUGAGGAAGAGGAGGGGUAG